GAACGAAAGCAAUGACAGCCGCGAUGAUUUUGAGGAGGGAGAUCUUCGCGCCUUCUUUUGGAGCCGUUGAUUCAGCCGUUUCCGGAGGUCGCCACACAACCGCUCUGCCGGAUUAGAGAUGGAUCUAACAGCAACACACCACAAAAGAACCAACCCUUGAUUCGAUUCUCAUUCGGAUGAGACCUUAGCAUGGGCGACAACAACAACGACGACGAUGAUGAUGAGAAUGAUGACACUACCAAUACUCUUGGUAGAAACCGGAACCAAGUAGUAGUCGAUCACGACUUUGAAGCCUUUCGUCGUUUAUGCGAUCGUUUACAAGAGAACGAGGAAGGUUUGACCAAGAUUCUGGCCAUUCUCCAUCAAACAUUGCGACGUGCCGAUUUUUCGCUAUUUGUGGAACGCCUCGUCACCAACUCGACGUUGCAAGUCUUGUCGAUUGGAUUGGGAACCGUCUUGACGCACGCGCAAAUGGAAGCACUCGGGCGAGUCUUUGUGAACAACACUCACAUUCGCAAUUUUCGACUCAUCAACGUGGCCACCGAGGAAAUGGAUCUGCGACCGCUUUGGGACGGACUCUUUCAAUCCAAGGCACUCGAUAAUGUCUGUCUAGAUGGAUUUCAGACACGACAAAAUGCUAUUGAAACCUUCUUGACGAGAUGGAAUGACAGUGCUCAACAACUACAACAGCAACCACAGCAAUCGACUAGUACAUCUAGUGCUUGUUGUCCCCAAAUUGUCAAUCUACACAUAUCCGAUUGUUUUCUGGGAACGGCCGAAACGGACGCCAUUGUACGAAUGCUGCAACGAAACGACAUGAACAAUUUCGUAUUUCGCAUCACCAAGUGUCAAUUUACUACUGCCAAUACUACUUCGCAUACUACUACAAACAACAAUUCUACAUGUAAUUCAAGACAACGCAUUGCCGACGCAUUAGCCCAGAACACGACGGUCGAAAUAUUUGCUCUCGACGAUGCAUUGGACAAGACAAGUGCACAAGCCUUUGGCCGCGCCAUUGCCACCAACACCACACUCAAUGGCGUCAUGUUUGACAAUUGCAACGACGACGCUCUGCUAGUGCUAGCCAAUGGCAUUUGUCAAAAUCACAAACUCCUCAAUGCAUCCGUUCAAGGCAAACAACAACAAUCAGGUGCAACAACAGAAACGCAAGCCGAAUGCGAACGACUCGUCCAACAUGCCAUUGGUAUGAACAAGGCGGGACGGUGUCUGCUCUACGAUUAUGCCCGCAAGGAAGGCAAAAAUCUCGAUGUGGCAUGGCUGGUGUGUCUCUUGCGGUCGCUCGAAGAAGAUCCUGCCAUUCUCUAUUCGUGGGUCCGUGAUUAUGUCGAUAUCUUUGUCCGAUGGGCACUGCGAGGGAUGCUGGCAAAGAAACGAAAAGCUACUUGUGACGGUAGUAGUGGAAGACCCAACAAGAGGAUCAAGACGAGUUAG